AUGAACAAUCGAGCUCCUAAAGCCAUAUUGACCGACCAAGCAGCAGCUAUGCGGAGGCCCCUUGCUGAAGUCAUGCCAAACACGGUGCAUCGUUGGUGCAUAUGGCAUAUCAUGAGUAAGAUCCAUGAGAAACUUGGCAAGUGUGCACGUUACCAGGAGUUCGUCAACCCCCUCAAAGAGCUGGUAUAUGAGAGCUUUGACCCUGAGGAGUUCCAAACCCGAUGGGCAGAGUUUAUUGCUGAAUAUAAGUUGGAGGACAAUGAAUGGCUACAGAGCCUACACAAAGACAGUCAUAUGUGGGUGCCUGCGUACAUGAAGGAGUUUUUUUGGGCCGGUAUGAAGACCACACAAAGGGUGGAGAGCAUCAAUCGGUUUUUUGACGGCUAUGUGAACCGCAAAACAAAACUCCAUGAGUUUCCUCAAAAGUAUUGCAUGGCCUUGGAUCAACGCGUUCGAGAUGAACUGAGUGCAGAUGCGCGUUGCUCGAAGUACCUUAGGAGGUUGGUUAGUGGAUUCAAAGUCGAAAAAAUAUUCCAAAAGUUAUACACGGACAACAAAUUUCAAGAAGUUCAAAAGGAGUGUACGAGAAUGAUGUAUUGCAACGUCCGAGGAGAGAAGGUUUUGUCUGAAAAGCUUAUUCAGUAUUCGGUGGUCGAUCGUGUAUGGAUAGUACCUCCCGGUGCGAGUGAGGAUGUCAUUACAAACAGGCGAAAAUCCUACAAUGUUACUUUCUGUCAAAUGACAAAGGAGGUGCAGUGUGACUGUAGGAAGUUUGAGACUAGUGGCAUACUUUGCAAACACUGUAUUACGAUUUUGGAUGUAAACUUAGUUGAAGAUGUACCAGAGAAGUACGUUGUAGAUCGUUGGAGGAAGGACAUACCCCGGAAGCACACUAGGGUGAAGGUGGCCUACCAUGAUCCGGGAGACACGGUCAAUGUGAAGAGAUUCAACAAAAUGAUGAAAAAACUCGAGCCCUUAUGUGAAACCGCUGCCAUGGUGGACGAUCAAACGGUCCAUAUGGUAAUUGAAACACUAUCGAAGCUUCAAUUAGCUGUUAAUGAGCGUAGGGACAAGAAGAGUAAGGAAAAUGUUCCUGUAGUUAGUACAUUGUCAUCAGCCACUGAAGGCAGAACGUUUUCCUCAGUUAGGAAUCCUGCUGCUGAUGCUACUGCCGUAGACUCCUGUCCAGCUGCCAUGGACCUUGUUAUCAAAGACCCUAUAAUUAAGAAAAGGAAAAGGGGCAGGCCUAAGGGUUCAAGGCACAAGACGUUAGCUGAAACCGGCUACAAGAAAACCAACAAGAAUAAGAAGCCUAGCCCGGAGCAAGUCGGAAAUGUUGUUGAGGAGGAUGCAGCAAACUGCGUUCAGGAGGAGGAUGGAGUAAAUGGUGUUGAGGAGGAGGAUGCAGGAAAUGGUGUUGUGCAGGAUGCAGGUGUGUCGGAGGAGGAAAUGGUGUUGCAGGAUCUGGUGUUUCGGAGGAGGCAAGAAAAGGCAGGAAUGGCAGGAAAUGUUGUGGAGCAGGAUGCAGGUGUUGAGGAGGAAAUGGUGUUGCAGGAUCUGGUGUUUAGUGAUUAUUUCACAUUUAACCCAUCACACUUGUCACAGGUGAAGCAGAAACGUCUUGAUGAACUAAUAUAG